CUUUUUUUUCCCUUUACACCCCACUCUUUCAUAAAAAUGUCUCUUGUCAACAGACCCAACAACGUUCAAGCUUACCAAAAGUUCUUCCAAGCUCCUUCCAACACCCUCUUGUGGCUCCGUGGCCCCAGAGAUAAGCUCUUUGUCUACUCCACUUUCCUCGUUCUCGGUACUGGUCUUGUUGGUUCCCUUGUUGGUGCUGUCAACAUGGCUCGUGGUAAGAAGAAUUAAGAGGAUAAACAAAAAUGAUUGGAUGAUAGAUACACGCACAGCUGCAGCAUUUUUUUAUAUUAUAAUCAU